GUCGGCUACCGCUGCCACAGCCCCGCCUGCCGCCCCGGCUGGGGAGGGAGGCCCCCCUGGGCCCCCCCCAAACCUCACCAGUAACAGAAGACUGCAGCAGACCCAGGCCCAGGUGGAUGAGGUGUGCUAGGCAUGUUCUGUAUGUAUCCUUGGCAUGGUAGCCUGGCAACAGCGGGGUGCAUGUUCCCUAUGUGGGCACGUGGUCGAGGAGUGCCCUCAUUGAGGCGGGCCUUGGCACACCCCCUGCCUCGUGGGCCCCUCCUCCAGGUGGUGGACAUCAUGAGGGUGAACGUGGACAAGGUCCUAGAGCGGGACCAGAAGCUUUCGGAGCUGGACGACCGUGCAGAUGCACUCCAGGCGGGGGCCUCCCAGUUUGAAACAAGUGCAGCCAAGCUUAAGCGCAAAUACUGGUGGAAAAACCUCAAGAUGAUGAUCAUCUUGGGAGUGAUUUGCGCCAUCAUCCUCAUCAUCAUCAUCGGUGAGUAGGGCGGGAGUGGCUAGGGCCCUUUCUUUGGAGAGGUUUCCCCUAUGAGUUCUGGGUUUUGAAGGUCAUUAAGCUAGUUUUUACUAUUCAGCAAAAAGCAUAUAUAGCUGCCAUUGGCAGUUCUGAUUCAUGUAGAACCCAAAACCUUGAUGUUAUUUACCCUGUGCUUUGCCUAGUUCUGGGCAAUUCUGUUAAGUAUUUGGAAACAGGAAAGCUAGUGGAUUCCCACUGCUCCCUUGAGGACCCUUUAGGCCUAAGAGCCUAGUCUGGGAACCCUGGAAUUGGGGGAUAGGAGAGCAGGAAAAGCCCAAGGGCUCGAGACAUGGCUAGGAAACCAACCACCCAAUUGUUUAAGAGCUUGUGGUCUCAGAUGAUUAGGGGUCUGUGGCCCCAAGGCCAUACCGUGGGGUUGAAGAGACUUUGGAACCACCAUCCAGCCUCUUUGCUUUAUAGGUAGAGAACCUGAGGCCCACAGGGGAAGGGAUGUCAGCCAGCCGGGGAGUGGGGAGGAUGGGAGCAGGCCCGGCCUGACCCACAGCUUUCUCUCUCUUUCUCCCCUCUCCCUCUUCUUCCUUCU